ACGAAACGUCGCGACGGCGUCUUGAGCAUGGACGAUCCGGCAAUCCAGGCGCGGCGGCAUGUGACCUCCUCCGAGCACAUUCGCAUGCCACAGAUCCAGAGUCCGCUGCGCCGAGCGGUGUCCCAACCGAGUAUGCCCGGUGACGACCGACCGGAGAGCCUGCUACCAGACGAGAGCUUGUUCUUCACCCGUCCACCUGGCAAACCUCUGUCGGUGUGGGGCAGCAACGACGAUGACAACACAGACUGCCCCAACUACCAUGGGUCCAUUAAAACGUACUCGAAGAAGCGCCCGCGGUCGCCCAGCGUCAACUCGAAGCUCAAGCCCAUUUCAAACGACAUGAAAAGUCCACGACGCAUGCGAUCAUUUCUGCUCAACUUUCUCGCAGACGACGUCGGCACGUUUCGGACUGAGAUCAAUCUGUAUCAACAUGCCGUCGACAGCGGCCUCGCCGUCACCGACGCCACCGUCCAGGAAGUUGCCCACCUCGUACCAGGUCUGACAAGCCUCGAGCUGAGCAACUGCAUCGACGUCACGGACGCUGGCAUUUGGUCCGUGGCGCGGCACUGCCCCGGGCUUACCGGCAUCUACCUGAGCAAGUGUGAGAAAAUCACCGACCUGGGCUUGCGCGUGCUUGCCCAUCAGUGCCGUCUUGUCACGGUCGACUUGACAGACUGCGGGCAAAUCGGAGACUUGGCUCUUGCCACCCUUGCCGCCGGCUGCUGGACCAUCGAAACGCUCGUCCUUGCGCGAUGCGUCGCCAUCACUGACGCCGGUAUUGCCAAGAUUGCCCAAUGCUGCAAAAGCUUGACGCACUUGGACGUAUCCGAAUGUGCGCACGUUGGUGAAUUCGGCGACAAGGCGCUGGUGGAGCUCGGGAAAUGGUGCAGUCGUCUACGGCAUCUGGACUUGUUUGGGUGUCGCCACGUACGGGACAUGGGCGUCCGUGCCGUUGCUGCCGGGUGUCCGCACUUGUCGACGCUCAAGCUCACGGGAUGCAGAGAUGUCUCGAGCGCGUCGAUUCAUGAACUGGCCGACCGGUGCCAUGCCCUGGAGCGGCUGUCUCUGGCAGGAUGUAUUCGCACGCAGAACGAUGACCUCCUCCGACUCGCGAAGUCGUGCACGUGUUUAAAGUGGCUCGACAUUAGCGGCAGUCCAAACAUCACGAACCGAGGCGUCGCCGCUCUCGCGCAGCACUGCAAAGCUCUGGAGCAUCUCAACUUGUCCCAGUGCCCGCACGUCAGCGACAAGGUUUUGCAAACCAUGGCCCAGCACAUGACGUCGAUCACGUCGCUGUCACUUGUGGACUGCGGUCGCAUCACGGAGGCCGGGAUCGACGCACUCACGACCGCAUGCACUAAGCUCUUCACACUCAACAUGACGAAUUGCCAGCAUAUUCGACGGCGGUACCUUCAUCAACUGGUCGAGCGCCUCGAGUUUGUCGACUGGUCUAGCACGUUCUUUGGCAUUGAGCCGUUGCCGAACGCCAUGGAGCUGCAAGUUCUGAAAGAGCGGCGGCUUCACAGACAAGCGAGCGCAAUCAAGAUUCAAGCUGUGAUGCGGGGAUGUUUGGCGCGAGGCGGCAUCCACGGCGCCUUACUGCGACGUGUUGUGCGCGAUGUCCUGCCCAAGAUUCAAGCACGUGUCCGGGGGUUCCUCGCGAGAGCGGCCUACCGCCGCACACGCCUUGCCAUCGUGCAGCAAACCAAGUCCUGUGUCAUACAGCGCGCCUAUCGAUAUUAUAAGGUCAAACAACUGUGCCGUCGCGCGCGUCGGCUCAUGCGGAUUCGGUUGAAUGAGGAGGCCGCGGCGUUGAUCUUUCAAAAGAUCUUUCGAGGCCAUCGCGACCGCGUCUUUGUCCACCGCAUGCGCGAUGAAUUGCGACGCAUUGCCCAGCUUGACUCACGACGUCAUGCCAUGACGGAAGUCGCCGCGAUUCGUCUCCAACGUCUCUGGCGUGGUCACAAAGGUCGCGGUGACGUCGCGUUGCGGAAGAAGCUCAUCGAGAUGCAGCGCCUCCAGGAAGCGAAAGAGCACGCAGCGGCAAGUUACUUGCAGCGCAUCUACCGCGGCCACAAUGGCCGCAAAGACUUUGCAAAACGUUUGGUCGAGCGCGAAAAAGUGCGAAUGCUUCACGCUCGCGCAUCACAGAUCCAACGGGCCCAUCGGAACCACGUGGCGUGGGAAGCGCGAAAGGUCCGGUUGGUGAAGGAGGCGGAGGCACAAAAGUUGCGGGCGGUAAUCCGCAUCCAGAAGAACUGGCGAGGGGUGCGGGAGCGCCAGUUGGGGACCAUCAUGCUCGGCCUCGUCCAAUUGCGGCGCCAGGAGGACAAAGCAGCCCGGAUUAUCCAGAGUUUGUGCCGGGGGUACGUCUCACGCAACUUCAUGAAGGCAAUGAAGAUGGUGCUGGCCGCCCAGGAGCGCCGCGACCGGAGUAUUCUGCUGCUCCAACGGAUAUUCCGGGGAUACAAGGGACGCGAGGCGGCCGAGGUCAAGUUCGAGCUGCGCAAGCUCGAGGUCGUGGCGAAACCCCUUUUCAUCAAGAUUCACACGUAUUCCGGUCGAGUGGCCGCGCUGUCAGCGAAAGUCGACGCGUUGCGGCGAUCCCUCGCGACGGAUCAAGCUGACGAAGCCGAGUUGGCACUCGAGCUGGACAAGACCAUGACGAUCAAGUCCAAGUUUCACGAUUCCGCGCGAAUCACGGGGGCCAAGCAGCGAUACUUGACGCGGUACCUGCAAGUGCAGCUCGCGGACCAGCUCCAGAAGAAGCGAAUGGCCGUGGCAGUGCACACUCGCAACCUGGAGGUUGCUGUGGGAGAAUACAGCGAGGCCGAGAAACAGCUCCGAAUUGCCAAGCGCGAGCUGCAGCCGUUGACGGAGGGCGUCGAGCGCAAGACCAAGGAGAACAGGGUGAGGAGGUUGCAAGUCAAGGUGCGGCGCGAGAAGAAGGCGGCGACGGCCAUCCAGCGUCACUUCCGAGGGUACCGCGUCCGCGCAGCGGUCGGCGAAGGCGCGAAUCGAUGGCUCGAGCUCUUUGACCCGACGACGAAUCGAAAGUACUACUACAACGCGUGGAACCAAGUUCGUCGCGAGGUGCGCCCCCUCGCUAUGGACAUCUUUGGCGAUGGCUUUGUUCAGCCGUUCCGCGCCGACGCUGCCAUGAAGGACUGGUUCCAGUGCCUCGAUGAAUUGUCGGGGUCGUUUUACUUCUACAAUUGCCGCACCCACGAGUACCGGUGGGAUGUGCCCACGUCAGAUCAAACUCGAGACGUAUUUGAAGCGCAGCCGCACGACCAGCUCACGCAGCGGUCGACGUCGCGCCGGUCCAUCGGCAAGUCGGCUUGGAAAGAGCUUGUUGACUCGGAGUCGGGGGUUGUCUACUAUCAUAACGCACAAACCGGCGAGAGCGUGUGGUCGCUGCCACCGCAGCAAGUGUACGGCGAAAACGGAGGUGGCUUAGGGCGGAGCCAGGUCUCUGUGGGAGGGAGCACGACGCGUCGGCGUCUGCGCACAGCAUCAAGCUUGAACCAGCAACCAUCCCUUCAAUGGCAGUACUAUUACGGGUACGAUGUGGCGCAUAACACUGGACUUGUGACGAAGCGAUCCGAGCCGCGCAGUCCGUGGGUCGAAAUGUUUGACGAGACGUACCAGCUCCCGUACUACCACAACGUGUUGACCCAAGAGUAUCGAUGGACGAAGCCGGACGAAUUCGACGAGCUGCUGCCGGAGGGCACGGUGCCGGGGCUAUCUCCUGGUCACGAAUGGUUUGACCACCAAGACAAGGAGCAACUGUCGUCAAGGUCGCACGUGGCCAAGCGAGAGAUCGGCGCGCAGUGGGCCGAAUACGUGGACAUAGACACGGGACAUGCGUACUAUUUCAACACCGUCACGGGAGAAACCCGGUGGAGCUUGUCGCCGCGAAGUGCCCGCGAGGACCCACCGAUCGGCGCCCAGACUCGCAUGCCCUUGACACUCAAGGCGAAGCUCGCGUCGUUCAACGCGUCGACGCCUGUCGAGUACGAUGGCAGAGGAGAUCAUGUCGCGUGGCUGUUCGAUUCGAUUGAAGCCAAGGAAUGGGUCAAGGCCGAAGGGAUCCUCGAAGAGAUCUUGGCCAAAGAGCAAGGACAGACUGGAUGGCAGUACGUUGCUGCGACGAUCAGAGAAGACGGCACACAUCAAGAAGCGUAUUGGUACAACGCGACAACGGGCGAGUCCGCUCCAGGGUAGGGAACGUGUCGGCGGCAUGGUUGGCAAGAGCCUAGCUCCACCGUCCAUAUCUCGAGCCGGUGCAGAUACUCAUCGACACCAGUAAUACAGUGGGCAUCUCGUUCCUGUUGGCGCACGAUAGUGGCUGGUGUUGUCGCAUUGACUUGGGUGAAC